AUGAAAGACUGGCAGGGAGUAUGUGGUGAAAAUGCUGAAGGUAGUGUCUGUAUGCUGAUUUUGAGAGGGAUGCCAUUGCCAUGUGGCUUUCACACCCCCACCCCGCCACCCCCAAAAUCUCAAAGAACAGAAAUUAACACUACGGGUGAACAAUUAAGAUGUGUCACCCUCAUUGGAAGAUUUAAGCCAUAUAGAAAUGGAGAUGUUCCUGGCAGGGCCGGCUCCUGCAGGAAGGAUCACUCUGGUGCUUUGGGACAGACUGGGGCAGAAGGGGACGUGCCAACUUGUAAAGCGGCAGGUUGCUGGUUUCCUUCGGGAAGAGCACUGUUCUGGAGCCACGUGCAGGCAGCUGCUGCUUGGAGCCUUGGCUGGACAGUGGCUGUGGACGUGCCCCAGGCUUGUCCGGGCCGCGGCGUGCGAGGGGACGGUACCACUUUGCAGAUUCCCGAGCUGUCCAUCUGUUUCAUUGUUGAUUGCUUGGGUCAGGUCACAGCUUUCCCAUGGCGAAGCAAAGACGUGGGCCUGACAGCGACUGGCACGGGCAGUCUGAGCAGAAUCUGCGGCUGCCCUCGCGUUGGUGCGCCCCGAGCACGCAGGGAGACUGCCCUGAGUCCCCACACACUGCCUGGUGUGCACAGCCAGGCUGCCGAGACUGCCCUGAGUCCCCACACACUGCCUGGUGUGCACAGCCAGGCUGCCGAGACUGCCCUGAGUCCCCACACACUGCCUGGUGUGCACAGCCAGGCUGCCGAGACUGCCCUGAGUCCCCACACACUGCCUGGUGUGCACAGCCAGGCUGCCGAGACUGCCCUGAGUCCCCACACACUGCCUGGUGUGCACAGCCAGGCUGCCGAGACUGCCCUGAGUCCCCACACACUGCCUGGUGUGCACAGCCAGGCUGCCGAGACUGCCCUGAGUCCCCACACACUGCCUGGUGUGCACAGCCAGGCUGCCGAGACUGCCCUGAGUCCCCACACACUGCCUGGUGUGCACAGCCAGGCUGCCGAGACUGCCCUGAGUCCCCACACACUGCCUGGUGUGCACAGCCAGGCUGCCGAGACUGCCCUGAGUCCCCACACACUGCCUGGUGUGCACAGCCAGGCUGCCGAGACUGCCCUGAGUCCCCACACACUGCCUGGUGUGCACAGCCAGGCUGCCGAGACUGCCCUGAGUCCCCACACACUGCCUGGUGUGCACAGCCAGGCUGCCGAGACUGCCCUGAGUCCCCACACACUGCCUGGUGUGCACAGCCAGGCUGCCGAGACUGCCCUGAGUCCCCACACACUGCCUGGUGUGCACAGCCAGGCUGCCGAGACUGCCCUGAGUCCCCACACACUGCCUGGUGUGCACAGCCAGGCUGCCGAGACUGCCCUGAGUCCCCACACACUGCCUGGUGUGCACAGCCAGGCUGCCGAGACUGCCCUGAGUCCCCACACACUGCCUGGUGUGCACAGCCAGGCUGCCGAGACUGCCCUGAGUCCCCACACACUGCCUGGUGUGCACAGCCAGGCUGCCGAGACUGCCCUGAGUCCCCACACACUGCCUGGUGUGCACAGCCAGGCUGCCGAGACUGCCCUGAGUCCCCACACACUGCCUGGUGUGCACAGCCAGGCUGCCGAGACUGCCCUGAGUCCCCACACACUGCCUGGUGUGCACAGCCAGGCUGCCGAGACUGCCCUGAGUCCCCACACACUGCCUGGUGUGCACAGCCAGGCUGCCGAGACUGCCCUGAGUCCCCACACACUGCCUGGUGUGCACAGCCAGGCUGCCGAGACUGCCCUGAGUCCCCACACACUGCCUGGUGUGCACAGCCAGGCUGCCGAGACUGCCCUGAGUCCCCACACACUGCCUGGUGUGCACAGCCAGGCUGCCGAGACUGCCCUGAGUCCCCACACACUGCCUGGUGUGCACAGCCAGGCUGCCGAGACUGCCCUGAGUCCCCACACACUGCCUGGUGUGCACAGCCAGGCUGCCGAGACUGCCCUGAGUCCCCACACACUGCCUGGUGUGCACAGCCAGGCUGCCGAGACUGCCCUGAGUCCCCACACACUGCCUGGUGUGCACAGCCAGGCUGCCGAGACUGCCCUGAGUCCCCACACACUGCCUGGUGUGCACAGCCAGGCUGCCGAGACUGCCCUGAGUCCCCACACACUGCCUGGUGUGCACAGCCAGGCUGCCGAGACUGCCCUGAGUCCCCACACACUGCCUGGUGUGCACAGCCAGGCUGCCGAGACUGCCCUGAGUCCCCACACACUGCCUGGUGUGCACAGCCAGGCUGCCGAGACUGCCCUGAGUCCCCACACACUGCCUGGUGUGCACAGCCAGGCUGCCGAGACUGCCCUGAGUCCCCACACACUGCCUGGUGUGCACAGCCAGGCUGCCGAGACUGCCCUGAGUCCCCCCACACUGCCUGGUGUGCACAGCCAGGCUGCCGAGACUGCCCUGAGUCCCCACACACUGCCUGGUGUGCACAGCCAGGCUGCCGAGACUGCCCUGAGUUCCACGGGACCGCUUGGCAGCGACCCGAGCUGCUGA